GAUAUGUACUGUAACCUGAACAAAGUCAUUCAAGUCUCCCAUGCCCUCAAAGCAGACAAUACAGCAAGUGGUACCAAUGACCCCAAUGAUGAAAGUGCUAGAAAGGCCUGCGAUAACAUCCUUAGAAAAGUCAACCCUGAGAAAUGCAAACAAUACAAGUGCAUAUAUGACUACCUGAAGGAGCAGGCACUGUACUUCAUAGAUCUCAUUAAGAAGAAGAAGAGUGGCAAAACCACACUUCUCAUGCAUGAGAUGCAACAAGUGAUCAGCCAGAUGCGAUCUGACAACGCCAGUCAUCUCAAGCCUAUGAUUUCAGCUUAUGCAGCUCCCCAUCUGGACAAGAAACUUGUCAAUCCACCUGUCAAUGCAAAGAGUUCAAAAGACAGGCUUGGGUUCAACCACACAGAGCUCACUCAGCUCCUCUGUCCAGUGAGGAGCCUGCAGGCUUUGCUAGCAGAU